UUUCACUAUCUUUUGUAGACUUAGUCUGUUAGAUCGUGUAAAGACAUAAACAUGUUGCGAUUUUUAGUGAUAGUUGCAAUGAUUCUAUUUGUUGAUACUUUUAGAUUGCCUAGAAAUAAUUCGGCAAUAUUAAUUUCAAAAUAUGCUAAAGUUGUAAAAUGGGGAAAUAAAGACGAGAAAAAUAAUACCCAACCAGUGUCUUCAAAAAGCCGUACAGCUGUUUGGACUGCAAGGUCAAGUUCAACCUCCAAUCGUCUCAACGAACCAAUGUAUCAAUAUCCAGUAUAUAGAAAAGAAGACCACAAUAACAUAGAAGUAGUGCCAGCUAUUGGAGAGGUAAUACAAGACAGGUUUCAAGUACCGCCGUAUUUCCCAUAUAAAACUAAGGACUCUGGUAUAACCUAUUUGCCACCUACUCAAGCACCUAUAACAGCUUUUACUUCGGCCCCUGUAGCAUCUUCAGUAAAAGGAUUAUCCUUACCACAAUCAUUUACAGCCCCUAAUUUUGACCCAAAUUCUUUUUCUUCUAGUAUAAAUCAAAAUAAGGCAGUUUCUUCUGCUAGUUCUACUUCAGAUUUUUAUGACUCGCCUUUUAAUUCUUAUAAUCCACCCCCAGCAGGUAAUCCUGACGAUAGCAAAAAUAACUAUGCUCCUAAUUUAGAUCAACCAGAUAACACUGAUUCUGAUGGACAAAAUUCUUAUACUAAUUCUCCACAAGAUGAUGGUGGUCCCUAUAAUUUCGCACCUACACUAAAACAACCAAUGGCAAUGUCGAAUAGACCAGGACCCGUAAAAAGUAACUCUUUUGACGAUGCGUCUUUUUUACCUGACACUUACGGAUCUCCUAAUUAUGUUCAAACUAGUCAAGAGAACCAUAGUGUGCUCGAUGAUGACGCUGAACGUCCCAAACAUCCGCCUAGAAAUAUAGACGAUAUUUAUUAUCCACCUUCUUUUCCAAGAGAUCAAAUUGAAGAAAAUCAUAACAAUAACCCAAAUGUCAUAGGUUCAAAUCCGCAGGAUCACGUAGUCCCCAUGUUGAAUAUUCCACCUCAUGAUCUCAGUCAACCCCCGACAGAUAUGAUCCCUCAAGAUCAGAAAGUAUCAUUAAUGAAUAUUGGACCUUCUUCCUCCUCAGGUCUUCACAAUGACUUUCCAAAAUACUUAUACGAUGACCAUCAUUUUGAUCAUCAUAUUUAUGAAGAAGUUCACCAUGCAACCACACCAGAACCUGAGAAAAAGAGAGUUAGUACCACCAAUUACAGUUACUACUACCUUGGUCGUAAGCUCUGGUAUAUUCCAUUGUACUUCAGCAUCUAUUUCAUGGUGUACGUGACUGCUCUUAUUAUUAAAUCUAUAGCAAGGCGCAAGGUAACUUUGAGAAAUCAGUAUAUUACUGCCAACACAAGAAGUCGCAGAGAUUUGACAUUGGACCACAUGGAUGCUCUUGAUGAAGUUCAUCAUAAUAUCUCGACUGCUAUUGACAAAGUUGAUAAAAUGUAUUCUCGUCUGUCUAUGUAAAUAUUUUGAAAUAUAUUAUUAUAAGUAGGUA